AUCAGUGGCGUCCCAUCUCCCCCUCACCACCGCCGUUUGCCGCGCAUGCGCGCUAAGGCCCUCGCGAGGCAAAGGAGAAGGGAGGGGGAAGGUUCUGGAGGGAGAAGUGUCCGCCGCCAUCUUAGCGUCGCUGCUACGGCCGCGUCGGAAGAAAAGAGCAAAGGAUUCGCUACCCAUCCCGGGACAAAGCGCCUGCCGGAGUUUAACGGCCGAAGGGGGAGGGAGGUUGUGAUUGAAUUCUCUGCUUGCUAAAAAUCCUUCUCCACUAGCAGCUCCUGCAUCUCGGGGUGGUGGGGAGCCCACCUGUUUGGGCCAGCCAUGGAUCCGGCGUUCCCCAAUCCAUCCCAGGACCCAAGUCAAGAGGAUGGCAUGGCCGCAGACGACUUCGACAUUGUGAUAGAGGCCAUGCUGGAGGCCCCGUACAAGAAAGAGGAGGCCCAGCCUGGACCAUCAAAGCCUCCAGCCGAUCCCCCUACAGCGCAGCCCCCGCAGGAGGAAAAAGAAGGAAAAGAAGUCAAGAAAGACAGCACCUCCUCCAGCACUAGCGGAGAAAGCAGCAGCAAAAAGAAGAGGAGCCGGAGCAGGAGCCGCGACCACAGACACAGCCGCAGUCGGGACCGAGACCGCCAUCGCAGGCGCAGCCGUAGUCGGGACCGCCGCAGCCGACACCGGAGCAGAAGCCGUCAUCGAAGCCGAAGCCGGGAUCGUAGGCGAGGCAGCCGGUCCCGCAGCAGGGAGCGCCGGAGGGAUGAGAGAGUGCGCUAUCGUAGCCCCCCACCUCCUGGGCGGCGGUUUGGACAUAGCAAGAGUCCCUUGUACAGAGAGAAGAGUCCCCUCCGGGAGCCUUUGGGCAGCCUCAGCCCAGAGGAGCGUGAUGCCCGUACCGUCUUCUGCAUGCAGCUGGCUGCCCGCAUCCGCCCCCGUGACCUUGAGGACUUUUUCUCUGCUGUGGGCAAGGUACGUGACGUACGGAUCAUCUCUGACCGGAACUCCCGCCGCUCAAAGGGCAUUGCGUAUGUGGAGUUCUGCGACAUCCAGUCUGUGCCACUGGCUAUUGGGUUAACAGGGCAGCGUCUCCUGGGCGUCCCCAUCAUUGUCCAGGCUUCCCAGGCGGAGAAGAACCGGCUGGCAGCCAUGGCUAACAACCUUCAGAAAGGCAGCGGUGGACCCAUGAGGCUGUACGUUGGCUCCCUUCACUGCAACAUCACCAAAGAGAUGCUGCGCGGGAUCUUUGAGCCCUUCGGCAAGAUCGAUAGCAUCGUGCUGAUGCGGGACCAGGAUACUGGACAAUCCAAGGGCUACGGCUUUAUCACAUUUGCAGAGGCCGAGUGCGCCCGCCGUGCUCUGGAGCAGCUAAACGGUUUUGAGCUGGCCGGUCGACCCAUGCGGGUGGGACAAGUAACCGAACGGCUGGACGGGACCACCGAUAUCACCUUCCCCGACGGGGCAGAUGAGCCUGACCGAGCGGCCCUUAAUCUCAGCACCACUGGCUCCCAGUUGCAGCUGAUGGCCAAGCUGGCAGAAGCAGGUUCUGGGAUCCCUCUGACAACUACGGCCGCGGCUCAGGCAGCCCUGCAGCUCAAUGGAGCGAUACCCCUGGGAGCCCUCAACCCAGCUGCCCUGACAGCUCUGAGUCCAGCACUGAACCUGGCUUCACAGACAUUGGCCUCACAGUGCUUCCAGCUUUCAGGCCUCUUCACUCCCCAGACAAUGUAAUGCAACCCAGUUUCCCCUCGCCCUCCCUCCCUCUCCCACGGAGCCUGGAAGGGAAUGACCGUCUCCAACCCCACCCCCACCUUAACCACCCGCAUUGGAUACAAGGCAGGGGAAACGGACUCUGAAGGAAAAACCUCCUGGGGGGCCCUUUCUCAUGUGAACUGAUUUUACUCCCAAUUUCCCACCCAUCAGCCGCUGGGGAGGUUGGUGUUCUGUCCCCAGCUCCGGAACCGUAAUUGGAAGGGGGUCUUAUCCCCCCCCCAACCUGGAACCCUCAGAGGGGCGGGGGAUUUAUUUCUCCCCAAACCAGAGGGAUUUGCAGCAUCUCUUUAUUUUUGCCUCCUGGCAGAGCCCGAUAGGGCUGUGGUGUUGGGAUAUAAUUUGCCAUUUCUCUUCAUUCCCCCUCCCCUUUCCCUCUCUCCCCACUCUCUGAAGGUGUGUUGUGGGUGUUUGCCCAGAUGCCUUUUGGAACUGUCUCGUUUGCAAGGCGGGAGGGGGGUGUAUAUAAGAGGGGCAGGAACGGGAAGGGGCAAGAGCCAGCAUUUGGGUGGAAGACGGGUUCCAGAGGAGAUAACCGCUCCCUUUGCAGGCUGUGUUUUGUUAUCCCCUGUCAAUCUGUACUGGGCACAUACAGUCUGGGGAUGUUCUCAUUCCUUCCUUUCCUUGCCCCUCCCUCUUUUUCUUGGGUCUGUACCCUCUUCUUGGUGUUCCCAUUUCUUCCUGCCGCACCUUUCCCCCCAGACCCCCCCCAACCUUUAAAAAGUGUAUUUUGGUUUUCUUUCUUUUUAUCUGUCUACUUUUUUUUUGCUUAUAAAUGAAUAAUAAAAGUCACCAAAAGUA